ACCCAUGGCUAUAAAAUGGUUUCGGUUCGCUUCGGCUUUGCCGCGAUUUCAAAUAUCCAAACCGCCGCCUUCUCUUCGAAUUCUCUCGCGCACGACUCGAGAUCUCGCCUGAAGGGGAUGGACGCCAGUGGAGCAACCGCCGGGAAGGCGAAGAAGGGAGCAGCUGGGCGCCGAGCCGGAGGGCCCAAGAAGAAGGCAGUCUCUAGGUCCACCAAGGCCGGCCUCCAGUUCCCCGUUGGUCGCAUUGGCCGUUUCCUCAAGAAAGGGCGGUACGCCCAGCGCGUGGGCUCGGGUGCCCCCGUCUACCUCGCCGCCGUCCUGGAGUACCUGGCGGCGGAGGUGCUGGAACUGGCCGGGAAUGCGGCGCGCGACAACAAGAAGAACCGGAUCAUCCCGCGCCACGUGCUUCUGGCGAUACGGAACGACGAGGAGUUAGGGAAGCUGCUCGCCGGCGUGACGAUUGCCCACGGCGGCGUGCUGCCUAACAUCAAUCCGGUGCUGCUACCGAAGAAGACGGCUGCCAAGGAGCCCAAAUCGCCUUCCAAGGCGACCAAAUCCCCCAAGAAGGCUGCUUGAUUAGUAGUGUAUACCUUUCGCAUCUUUGUAAUCUCGUUUAGUUGUGUGGCAGUGUCAGGGUGUAGGAAAUGUUAAAUCUUGAACGCGAUGCAUUUUGGUAA